UUGAAAUCUUUAGGGGGUGAGAAUGACGGUCCCAUCUGUCGAAUCUGUCAUGAAGGUGGAAAUGGGGAGGGACUGCUUUCCCCGUGUGACUGCACAGGAACACUGGGCACCGUGCACAAGAGCUGCCUGGAAAAAUGGUUAUCCUCCUCCAACACAAGUUACUGUGAGCUCUGCCACACAGAAUUUGUUGUAGAGAGAAGACCGAGACCUUUGACAGAGUGGCUGAAGGACCCCGGUCCCCGCAACGAGAAGAGGACCCUUUUCUGCGACAUGGUGUGUUUCCUCUUCAUUACUCCCCUGGCAGCGAUCUCCGGCUGGCUGUGUCUGCGCGGCGCCCAGGAUCACCUGCAGUUCAACAGCCGCCUGGAGGCCAUCGGACUCAUAGCACUAACUAUAGCACUUUUCACAAUCUACGUCCUUUGGACGCUG